CUUUGUUAUAUCGUAAUCAAGUGUUUUCACUUCCAGCUUGGUGGUUUUAGACUUCCAAUGAUAUUCAUCGGUGGAUUGCUACUUGCUGUUUUACCCUUAAUGUGGUUACUUUUACCAAGAAAAGAAUACAAUAUACGUCACAAACAAAGACAUGGGUUAAUCCUUUUCAAGAAAAUCAUCUCAAUUCCAGGAGUCGUCAUGAUGUGUUUCUCGGCUUAUGAUUGUUUCAUUGGCAUCACGUUUUUUCAACCAGCUUUGGAGAUUCACGCCAAAACAUUCGGUUUUAGUCAGGGGGGAGCUGCUCUUCUUUUCCUUUGCACCUCUGGGGCAUAUACAAUAGGUGCUCCGCUUGCUGGUUUUUUCCUGAACAAAAAGCCAUGGGGAAGAAUAUCGAUCGUCGCUGGAUCACUUGGCGCUGCAUGUGGUAUAUUAUUCAUGGGACCUGCACCAUUUUUUGCUCAAGUCCUUCCUGAAAAAGCUGUGUGGUUGCUGGUUGUUUCUCUUUUUGGUCGUGGACUUUUCAAUGCUUGGUUCUUUGUUUCUAUUCUUCCUGAAAUGUUUAACUGCUGUCAAGAAGCGGGCUUGCAUCAUAGUUUGCAGCUAGACUCCAUGGUUUCUUGUUUAUAUACUGGCUUCAUCAAUUUAGGAUCAUUUGUCGGUCCCUUUGCUGGUGGUUUUAUGAACAAUUACCUCGGAUUUCCUUGGAGUACAGCUAUCGUCUCUAUUUUUCUGGCAGCAAAGGCUCUGGUCGCUGCAAUUUUUUUUGCUUAUAACAGACGUACCAGUCAUACUUCAUACGAGAAAAUAGAGGAUAAAUGAGGUAUAAAGCUUUCUAGUAUGGAAGAUUCCAGAAAUCGCCAGACACGGAGGCAGAAAAGAUGGGGACAAUUUUAUUUCAAUUCUACAAGAAUAAAUCCAAUACAUACGUUGUAGAGUGGACGUACUAAAACAUUGUUUAUUAUUAAUAGUGUGGUUUAACCAUGAAAUACACUUUAACAGCGUUCUACACAUUAUUAUUCUUUAUUUUGGACGUUUUUCUUCGCCUUUUAGGUGCAUCACACAAUAUUACACUGUUAAACUUUGUUUCAAGGGUUUAUGACGCCCACUCUUAAAGUGUUCAAUAGACAAUGUGAAAAAAGCUAUAAAUAAGCAUAAAUUAUAAUCUAUUUUGUACUAUGUUUGCUUCGCGGAGUGCGCUCAUUCUACUAAAGGUGCAAGUAAUAAUUUAUAAUUGCUACUGGUAAUAUAUAUGAAUGAAGAUCAAUGUCUCCCUUGUCAUUCAAUC